AUGGCCAAUGUUUACUGUUACGUGAUUUUUUUAGAAGAAUACAGUACUAGACCCCAAACAGAGGAGACUGAAGCAAAACCUGAAAAAAUUGGUUUUAAAAUUGCUGUGAAGAAAUCGUAUAUUGAAGGUCGCUAUAACAUGCUUAUUCCUAAAUGUUUUGCGAGGAGACAUUUGAAUGAAGAGUUUGGAAAGAUAGAAAUUGAGAAUUCAGAUGGUAUGAGUUGGCCAAUGAUUUACAAAUGGAGCCAAAGCCGUAAAGUGGAGUUUGCUUAUAUUUCAAGUGGUUGGAAAGCUUUUGCAAAAGAAAAUCACUUAAAAGAAGGACAUAUUUUGUUCUUUCAAUUGAUAAAAAAGGGCCAUUUUUUGUUCACUCUAGAAGGGAUUAUUCCUCCAUCUUCACCCAUUUUAGCAAAUAACGAAAAUGUGGAAUCUACAACUCCCAGUUACGAUCACUUCUUCAAAGUCAAUAUCCACAUGAAAAGCUACAAGAACUCUGUUUUGAACAUUCCUCUGACAUUUGCUGACAACCAUCUUUCUUCGAAAAUGCAUACUGCAAAACUUAUGGUGGGGAAGAAGCAAUGGAAAGUGAAGUUGAAACACUACGAAAGAUGCAUCAGAUUUUCAGGUGGUUGGGCAGAAUUUUUUAGGCAAAAUAAUUUAAAAUCUGGAGAUUCUUGCUUGUUUAAGUUGCUCACCAAGAAUGAAUCUUAUUGUAUUUUUAAAGUUGAUAUUUCAUGA